AUGGAGAGGCCUCUUCAGAUAACCCUCGCCACCGAUCUCUUCAAGACUGCUGUUGAAAAGGCCGCCCUCAGGUAUCUGCAAUGGAUCGCCAAACUUCUCAACGUCCAGCUGCCACCUGACGGCAAGAUCAACCUGACCGAGAUCGACAAGAAUCUUAGUGAGCUUAUCAAAGAAGACGAGAGCUACCGGAAGGCCAUGCUCAAAGCGGAAGAUGUCCUUGGAAUCUCCCAGAUCGGCAUUUCACUUGAGGAGAUCAGCAAGCUCAACGACAACGAGCGUCCAACAAAUGAGCAUGAACCUGGUGUAGGCCUUACCAUUGCAGUCACUCAGGAGACUAUCGAUAUCGUGAAGGCAAUGCGCCCUGCAGAAACGGAGUUCACCAUCGAGGAAGAGCCGGAGACUGUUUCGCGCCCGCCCCCGAAGCCACAGAAAAAUGACAAGUUCACCAAGGAGAGCCUCUUGAAGAAUCCCAGCCUAGCCGCAAAGAUCAAGUGCAAGCAGCCGAACAGCCGACACGACUGCCUACAAAUGCAAUACCACGAGCUCGACCCUGCCCUAUACGACCCGUGCAACCGUAGCACUUGCCUCUACGUCCACGAUGACCAGCGUGAAUAUUGUGACUCACGCGAUUAUCAGCGUGCCGUGGAUUCAGGGAAGCACAAGCAAUGGCCAGCAUGGAGCAAGAUUCCUUACGGCAAGAAGCCAAAUCUCGCGCUGCGAACGUCCACCAUGGACAGAAAGAUAGACUCCCUCAAGCGUAAGGGCAAGGGUGCUGGCGUGGCUGAGGAUACCCCAGACUCCAAGAAGCCGAAGUUGGAGGAAGAGGAGCACGAAGAAUUUCUCAGCCUGCCCCUCAACGUAUUGCUCGAGCUGUCCCCAGAGGAUAUGCCCCUGAAGUUGCCUCGUCCGGACGGCCGCAUGGUGUUGCAGUGGUCCGACAAAGCCAUAGAGAAGCUGAAGGCGUUGCAGCAGGAGGCUUCGCGCAACAAGGUGGGCACUGCCAACAACGAGGGUAGCACAACCGGCAAGGAGGACAGCACGACUGACGAGGAGGCCACGGCCAACAAAGGAGGCGGUUGA